AUGAUACAAUGGCAGCAUGGAGUUACGGGUUCUAUGAACCAAAUGUGUUGCUUAUUGUGCUAUGCGGAUAUAGAGACACAUGACCAUCUAUUCUUUCAAUGUAAUUAUUCGAGAUCAGUGUGGCAUGGUGUGCGGAACAAAGUUGACAUGAACUCGGUUCAGGAAUCGUGGGAUGAGAUCUCGAGUUGGCUGGUUCAGAGAGCAAAGUCCAAAGCUAUUUAUGCGGUGGGUAGCAGAUUGCUUGUUGCAGCGGCGGCUUAUACCAUUUGGAAUGAAAGGAACUCGAGAUUCUUUAGUAACAAGUUGAGGCCUCUGGAGAAGAUUGUUGAGAUUAUUAUAAACAUGGUGAGAACGAAAUUAAUAUCCUUCAAGUACAAGCAAACAUCCAAUGUUAAGCGCUUUUUGGAGGAGUGGAAGCUGAACAAGGAAGACCUUCUUGAAGAUUGA